GGGAGGGAGGGGGAUUGUGGGAAUGAGGAUGCGAGGUAAGGUUGCAAGUGGCGAAGGAGGACCGCUGUGGUGAGCGGAAUGGAGCAGGACAUGGGCGCGUCGGUAGGGCUUCGGAUAGUGAGGCAUCGUUUGGGCUUGCAGCCAACCCAUCCCCGCCCCUGACUUCUUCACCCCCACCGCCUCCUCCCUCCCUUUUCUCCACCGACAGGUUGGGACCCGACGAGGCGGAGCUGGGUCUGGGCAUCCACGGGGAGCCCGGGCAGGCCAAGAUCUCGCCCGUGCCACCCGCGGACCAGCUCAUUCCCCGCAUGGUGAAGCAACUGACCCAUGUGUCGUUCAUGCGCCUUGCAGCACCCUCGGCGCCAACCGCCUCCUCCUCUGCAGCAGAGGGCAGUGCCGAGAUAGGGGAUCUGCCCCGUGACCCACGGGUCGUCCUCCUAGUCAACAACCUGGGUGCGACGCCGCCAAUGGAGAUGGCAAUCGUCACGCGCGAGGCGUUACGUGCCUUACGGCGUGACGCUCAUGCGACCGUUGACCGUUUGUACGUAGGACCGUACAUGACGUCGCUUGACAUGGCGGGCGUUUCUCUGACUCUCCUGUCGUACGAUUUGGACCCAGAAUGCAAGAACUUCCAAACUGCGGAUGCAGCAAAUGCAAUAGGAGAGCAGCAGCCACAAAGUGAGGGCCAGCAUUCAUGGGAGGAGCUAUUGGGCCUCCUAGACGCCCCCACCAACGCCCCUGGGUGGCUCCACAAAACCAGUACCUGUACGGCACCUCCACCUGCCGUACCGGGGCCGUACAAUCCAGAAUCGUACGGCGAUCUCCCGGCGCCACUGCCUCUCCCUCCUGCCGGAGGUGAUGCCGAUGUUGAGGUGCCCCCGCCACCACCUGCGGUCAUGACCCAUGGGUCAGUGCUGGGUCGUGUGCUGCGGGCGGCGGCGGAGAGCCUGCUGGCCGCGGCCGCGGAUCUGGAU